GCGCCUGCGCCAGAGAGGGGCAGGCGACUUUCAAAUCGAACGGCGGUUAGUUGAAGAAGAGGAACCAGACGUGCCUCGUUGUGUCGGAGAAACGUCGUAGCUACAGACAAUGACGAGCGCUUUACAAGGAAUCACUCUGAAGGGAAGUGCGGAGCUGGUGGCGGAGUUCUUCUCCUAUGGGGUCAAUAGCAUCUUGUACCAGAGGGGCAUCUACCCACCCGAAACCUUCACCAGAGUCACCCAGUAUGACAUGAGCCUUCAGCUUACCACUGACCCCCAACUGAAAAACUACCUCACCAACGUGGUGUCUCAGCUCAAAGAGUGGCUGUUUGAGUGCACUGUGCAGAAGCUGGUGCUGGUGGUCACAUGUCUGGACACCAACGAGGUUCUGGAGCGGUGGCAGUUUGACAUUGAGUGCGACAAGACGGCCAAAGAAAGCAGUGUGCCCAGAGAGAAGUCCAUCAAAACCAUUCAGGAAGAGAUCCGCUCAGUCAUCAGGCAGGUCACGGCCACCAUCACCUUCUUACCUCUGCUGGAGACACCAUGUGCCUUCGACCUCCUGGUCUACACUGACAAAGACCUGGUCGUCCCAGACAAGUGGGAGGAGUCAGGUCCACAGAUCAUCGACCAGGCUGAGGAAGUGCGUCUGCGCUCCUUCACCACCACCAUCCACAAGGUCAACAGCAUGGUGGCGUACAAGAGGUCUGACUCCGUGUGACCUCUCCUGGUUCGCUCUCUCUCUCUCCUGUCAGGACUGUCCUGUCCGCUGUAAAUAUCGUUUCCUCUGUCAGUCUGUUUUAGAAGACUUUAUAUGUGUUACGUUUUAAACCUAAUAAAUGUU